ACCGGUGGUGAUCAUGAACGAUUGCUGAUCGGUGCUGCGUCCCGUCAAGAUGAGACAAAAUCGGUGGAUUGUGGUGGUUUUCCUGUUCCCGCUCGGUGAUGUAGUGUUCGGUGGUUCGGUUUGGAAGAGUUCCUUCCGGCAGUUGGCAUGGGAAGCGAAGGAUUUGUUAAAAGUGUGUUCGGCGAAGAACGACUCUCGGUGGGAGUGUUUGAGGGACGAAAGCCUGGCAGCGGUAGAUGAGUUAGCUAGCCGGGAAAGGAUACCGCUGGUGGGUGGUAUCAGUUUGGUUCGCGUAACAAGUGAUUAUGGAAAAUCUGCAACGACAGUGCCACACACUGCAUUGAACAGCAUAGAUUCAUCCAGCAAUAGCUCGAAAACGUCAUCCACACAUGAUGAUGAUGCAUCGCAAGAUGACGAACGAGCUCGCCUUCCUCCGAGUCGGGACUCUACGCCAUGGACCACACGCAUCUUGAGGGCUCUGGAGCACAUGUUUCAUACGCACGUUCUGCAGAUUGAUUUACUGAACUCCGGUGGUGGCAACGGAAAGCAGUGGAUCAACAGGAAGGAUGCCAACUGGUUGUGGAAAUACCAUCGUAAAUUGAAUAAUCAGUCUGUGGUUGAAGGACGUCACCGGCGCCACCGGCAGCAGAUGAUACCGAUGAUGAUAUUCGGCGUGACGGUGUUCGGCAUGUUUGUGAUUCCGAUGGGAUUUCAGUUCCUGGCAGCACUCAGCGGGAAAGCAUUCCUGAUGGCAAAGCUCGCCCUGCUGCUGGCAUCAAUCAACGGACUGAAAAGGGUAGCAGGCGUUCACUACGGAUUCCACUCAGUAGAACCGCAUCACCUCCAUCACUCGCAGUCGGUCUUGUACGACCGUGACUACGCAUACGGACCUCGCGUUUUACCUCCUACAGAAUAGCAGCUAAGCUCGAGCCG